CCCAAUUUCUUCUGUUUUACUGGCUUGAAACGUCUCUGAAGUUCGCCGCGAAAGAACAAGCGAUAUGGUCCCACACAAUGAUGCUCCCGACGAGAAGAGAAGCAAGAAGCGACGCCGCUCUCGCAAACAUAGCGUCAGUUCCAGUGGAAGUGUGUCGUCACGCAGCUCGUCGGCCUCGAGCAAGUCCGAAGCAACACGCAGGCGUCCCAGCCAUACCGGUCUAGAAAAAGAUCCGACAGGCUCCGCGAUUGCCGCGCUGGAAUCGAACUUGCCGGUAGCCACGACCACCGCCCUUCAACUGCACGAAGUAAUUCCCCCACGCGACAAGAGCCCUCUCAAACGGAGGCUGUCUUUCGCCGCCGAUUUCCAGCGCAAGUCCUCGGACCCCAGGGAGCCUCAGCAGCAACUCGCUUCCGCCGACUUUGGUCCGGUAGAACCUCACGUUGCUACUCCCACUGCUGCUACGACGGAGAAGCCUGGAGAGAGCAACCGGCUCCCAGAGCAGAAGGACCAACAGGCGCGCAAACCAACAUGUGAAACCGCCCUGCCAGCUCAGUCUCCGGAGUGCGCCGUCAGCGGUGCGAAUACACUCCAGACGUUGUCCGCGACCUUCAUCGAGGAGAGGGCCGAGGGCUCUCCGACACUCUCUGAAGGACAGCCGGAGCCACAAGAUGGACGCAAAGUGAGCCAGUCAAGUCGCAAAGCGAGUUUAUCUCACCAGCACGCUUCGUUGUCCUCUGUCCUUCAAGAACUUAACACCAUCAACAAAGAACACCUCGAAGGCCAGCGAAUCAAGUCAGAAGCUCGGAGGACCUCGUACUAUGAUUUGGAUCGCGGGCAGCGCGGUUCACGGAUAGUGGUCAGAGUAGCAGGGGUCCCCAUCACAAAGCAGCAAAUCCUCCUCAUGGCCAUCUUAAUUUUCAUAGUGACAACCGUGACAACCGCCGUCGUCAUCCUGUACAGACGAGAGCAGGAAACUGCUCCGACAAAGCCGUACUGCAAGACCAAAGAUUGCCUCGAUCACGCCUGGCGCCUUACCGAUAAACUAAACAGCAGCCUCGAUCCCUGCCAAAACUUCGGGGCUUACGUCUGUUCCGCUUGGUCCCCACCAAAGGGGUACCUUGAGCACUCUAACUCAGCCAUGGAUGACGUACGGAAAUCUUGGUUCCCACUGUUCGGAAAUAUUCAUAGAGAAGGCGCCAAGAUAAUUCGGGUUGGCCACAAGCCGCUAGUCAUGUACGCCACAUGCAUGGGCGACAGUAAACAGUACGGCUCGAACGUGGAUAUCUUCUGGAAGUUCCUAAAGGAGUGUAAACUGUCGUGGCCGGAAGAGCCAGAGCUAAGUGAGACCAGUGCCCUCGAUGUGCUGAUAACGCUCGCGUUCAAGUGGCAGGUUUCACUCUUCUUUCAACUGAGACUACUGCGCUUGGGACCCGCACCGAAUUGGCGUUUGACUUUAGAUCCAGACCCACUCGUACCGCUAAUGUACCAGCAUCAUCUCACGAUCAAAAAUACCGGCGGAUACGACAAGUACUGGGCUGCGUUCUUCUACACUCUCAAGGGAAGCUAUGACAAGGACGCGACGAUAAACCAGACGCUCAUAGAGACAACCAUGGUGUUGGAAGGGGACGUCUUUAGAAGACUCCUAUUCGCCAUGCGUCCACUUGGAGUCCAACAACUACUGGUGCCAAUCGAAAAGAUUAAAUUCUACACUCCGCCUCUGGACUCGAAGGAGUGGCUACGGGCAUUAAAGCAAUUAGAGCUUCAGCCUGAGAUGGAAUCCAACGACCAGGUUCUCAUAGCCGACAAAAACUUCUUCCAGACCAUGGCGGCCGUGAUGGCCUCGUACACGGACACCCAGCUGCUGUCCCUGAUUGCGUGGUCUUGCGUGCAGCUCCUGGCACCGGCAGUGGAUUUGCAGCUGCUGAAGUACCGCUACGACCAAGGCGUCAUACGUUACCGGCCAUACUUCUGCGAACGUUUUGUCGAGACCGCCUACCGACUCCUCGUGGUUGCUCUCACCUCUGUGUCGCGCUUGUCAAGACAGGAACGCGCCGUCAUCUCAGCAAACUUCGACCACCUGGUUGCAACUGCCAGCGCUUUGGUCAACGCCACAGACUGGCUGGAUGCCGAGAACCGACAACUUGCCGCCGUGAAGCUGGCUUCGACAAGCCUGCAGCUGUGGCCCCCAGAGCAUUUCCUGGAGAACGAGGCACUCGACCGCAUGUACGCGGCUUUUCCGAGCGCCGAAUUGCCGUUUGCGGAAUAUUGGAUCCAAUCGAGUCGGUCUGCCGCUGAUACGUACCAUGCGAGUGCCAAUAUCGACGUAUUGAGCUACGUGGUCAACUACGAACUGCCGUAUCUCUUCUACGAUGCUGCAAGCGGCGCAGUGAAAGUAGCUGUGGGUGCCAUUACUCCGCCCCUGUACUACUCGGACGGGACCAAAGCUAUGUUCUACGGAGGACUCGGAUUCUCCAUGGCGGUGAAUCUCGUCGCAUCCAUGGAUAAACAGGGACUCCGGUGGCAUCCAAACGGCACUUUCGGCGACUCCUUUUUAUCCCACGCCGCUUCUCGAGCCUUUGAAGACCGGAACGGCUGCCUGGCGACUGCAGAGGAGGCUCCCGUGGUCGACUCCCCCACCUAUCAGACCCGACCAGGCUCCAGGACCAGCAUCUUUCCCGAGAUUCCCGCGCUCGAAGUGGCCUACGCAGCGUACAGGCGUUCCAUCAGCGAAAGCAACGACGACAGUCCACAGGGUAUUUCCCGGAAUCUCUCGGGCGAUCAGGUGUUCUUCAUGACUUUGUGCUACAUGACGUGCAGCCUUCCCGGAGCCGUGGGUCCGCACACGGUGGACUGCAACAAGGCUGUGAGCAAUUCGGAGGCAUUCGCGCAGGCUUUUCAAUGCCCCUACGGAUCAAAAAUGAAUCCCAAGAAGAAGUGCACAUUCUUCACCCGAUGAGUGCGGACUGGAAAGGAUCCAAAUCACGCGCGAUGUUUACCACGCCACAAGUGUGAACGUACAGAAUAUACUUAUCAGUGUGAGACAAUAUACCUUUUGCCGGGACCUUGCAAUGCCUUAAAGUGUGCUCGCUGUCUUUUCCAAAGCGAUGGCGAUCUUUGCAUGAGGGCGUCAGCAGUGCAACUGGCACUUCGUCUACGUGCCUUGUUCUGGCGUACGACGCACUUUAAGAUAGUGACGCGUUUUAUUUGGACGUUUCAUGGCGGUCGCGUUUGUUUGUUUUUACUUCCUUCUUAUUCCCCGUUCUUCAGCUCUCUGACUUCUUUUGUAUUUAAAAAGUUUACGUUUAGUUAGCAACAGUGUGCCUAUCUGGGUGUGUCAGACUUCGAAAAACAUUGACGUCAUCUGCCGCGUUUGCGGGCUGUUUGCACUUUUGUUUAAUUUUUGUUUGCGAAGGCGGAUUAAUCAACGUGUUUUCGAAGACAAUGUCCAAUGUAUUACUUGGCUGUGCUUAAAAGGGAUUUUUUUUAAUUCAUAAAGAUUUUCUUUGUAAUUCGCGGCUGCCUAGCGUGUGUUUUCUAUGCCCGUCUGCCCCGCACCAUUGAAUAUUGUGCUGUUGGCUGAAGGGCACCUGGUGCACACUUACGAAAGGCUUGAAACAGGCUGAUAUUUGACAGGUUUGAACUGCUUCCCGAGCCAAAUUAUUCGUAUCAUUUCU